AAUUCUGUUAGGAAGAACGGAGAAGUGAUAAAUAAGUCGAACAACAUAAUGUCAAAGACAGCUUAGUACAACAAAUCCUCACUUCCCACUCCACUGGAACUGAAGCCUCUCAAUCCAUCCCCAACUCCUUUGUACCAAUCCCUCUCUGAAAGCUCUUUACUUUUAUUUGUCUGAAAUGGCAAGCAGUAGAGAAGAUCCGCUUUCAUAUCCCAAUAAUCCAUCAUCCUCAUCCUCUCCCAUCACAGUUUCUGACCAUCUUGAUACUACCUUCCUCACAGCAGACCCAUCUGGUUCCCACCUCGGCAGCGCCUCCAACAGCUUCCAAAACGACUUUGGUUUUCUUAACGAUAUCGCCAGCAGUAGUGAUGCCGAGUUCGGCUUCUCUAGGCCCGAGUUCAGGCAGAGCCCACUUGCUGGAACUGUGCAGUUCUAUGAACGCCACGUCUUCUUAUGCUACAAGAACCCGUCUGUCUGGCCGCCAAGGAUCGAGGCUGCGGAGUUUGAUCGAUUACCCAGGUUGCUCUCUGCUGCUGUCACUGCUAGAAAGGCUGAUAUGAAGAAAGAGACUCGCUUAACAAUAUGUGAGGGGCAUGAUGGAACUGAGACAUCAAAUGGGGAUGUAUUAAUCUUCCCAGACAUGAUCAGAUACAGGAGAUUGACACAUUUUGAUGUUGACACAUUUGUUGAGGAAGUGCUUGUGAAGGAUGGUGAGUGGCUGCCUGGAACUCCUGAAACACUGAAGGGUUUUUAUGUUUUUGUAUGUUCUCAUGGGUCCCGAGAUCAUCGAUGUGGUGCUUGUGGGCCUGCUUUGGUUAGCAAAUUCAAAGAGGAGAUAGAAUUACAUGGACUUAGAGGUAAAGUGUCUGUUAGCCCAUGCUCUCACAUUGGGGGGCAUAAGUAUGCUGGAAAUGUCAUUAUAUUUGGAUCAAGCUCGAAUGGAGUUAUCAAUGGACACUGGUAUGGAUAUGUUACCCCAGAUGAUGUAUGCUUAUUACUGGAGCAGCAUAUUGGAAAAGGAGAGGUUGUAGACUGGCUAUGGAGGGGCCAGAUGGGCUUAUCUGAAGAAGAGCAGAUCAAAUUCCAAGAGCUGAGGCUCCAACUAAAUGGCGAGACAGAGGUGGGAAAGAAAACUAAUAAGUUGACACAAACGCAGAUAGACAAAGCAUGCACGGCAGCAACAAGUUCUAAAGUAGAAGUUGUGAAUUGUUGCCAGCAAAAUGGAAAAUCUUCCUGCUGCCAGAAUCCAGCCUUACCUCAUGAGGAGACUGUAGAUGCCAAUGAGAAGGGUGUAAAGGUGUCACCUGAGAAGAAGAGCGGCAGGAGACCACUAUCCGGGAUUAACAGUGGAAAAGGGUUGUCUACGCGUAAGAUUUGCGCUAUGCCGACAUGGUUUGAGAGCUGGGAGCAUGAAGAUACUUACGCUGUCCUUGCUGUUGUCUGUGCUGCAGUGUCAGUUGCUGUUGCCUAUAGCUGCUACAAACAGUCAAGGUAGAACUUCAAAAUCUAGUUGAGGUUCUCACUCUCUCCUCUUUGAAGUCCAAUGCUCGUAGGAUUGUUAUUAUGGGGGAAGGGCAGCAUGCGUGAUCCUUAAAUAGCCUGUGUAAGAAUGUAUGAAUUCUUUUCUUUUUUCACCUUGUUGAAACUUUUUAAGUUUGUAGUUGUGCAUAUAAUUAGUUUAUAUGGUGUUUUUUUUUUCUAAA